UCACAGGAAAGGAUGACCUUACUGUGGGUGCAACUACGAGUGGAAAAGUGAAUUUUUACCCCUGGACAAUAGAUAAUAAAUAUUAUUCUGCAGAUAUUCACCUCUGUGUAGUACCAAACACAUUUCUUGUUACUGGAGAUAUUGCUGAAUCUGUGCAAGCAUUUGUUGUGUACUUCGACAGCACAAUAAAAUCUGGACUUGAUAGUGUCUCUGAAUGGCUUCCUCUCACAGAAGAAUGGUUACCAGAAGUCAUGAUCCUGGUUUGUAACAGAGUAUCUGAAAAUGGUGUUAACAGACAGAAAGCUCAAGAAUGGUGCAUCAAGCAUGGCUUUGAACUGGUAGAACUUAGCCCUGAGGAACUUCCGGAUGAAGAUGAUGACUUUCCAGAGUCUACCGGAGUGAAACGAAUAGUACAAGCUUUGAAUGCCAAUGUGUGGUCCAACGUAGUCAUGAAGAAUGACAGGACCCAGAGCUUUGGUCUUCUCAGUACAUUAGCAGGUGCGAACUGUAGCAUUGGGUCAGAAGAGAACCAAGAUACAGAAUCCGAUCCAUCAUCAGCAGACAGAGAAGAAUCUCAUUUAGACAACAAAGAAGAUGGAGCUAGCACAAACAACCUGCAGACUGACAACAGCGUAGAUCCUGUGUUAGAUAUGGACAUUCAAGAGUUAGCUAGCCUAACCACCAGAGAUGGUGACCUGGAGAACUUUGAAAGGCUGUUUUCAAAGCUGAAAGAAAUGAAAGAUAAAGCUGCAACGUUGCCUCAUGAGCAAAGAAAACUACACGCAGAAAAGGUGGCCAAAGCGUUCUGGAUGGCAAUUGGAGGAGACAGAGACGAAAUAGAGGGUCUCUCCUCGGAUGAAGAAAACUAAGUUCUUCUGUAGCUGUAAGCAACAGAGAAUCCUAAAAGAGUGAUCUUUUCCUGCAAUGAGUGUUUAUUGCAAAAAGCCCCAUUUAGCUUUAGUUGCUUUCUUUGGUUAAAGGAUUCCCUCCAUCAGUGUAGUAACACAUUCCACAACACCUAAUGGUUGGAAUAGCUUUGUCUGACUUAUUUAUUCUCUCUCAGAGAAUUUUGGAAAUUGAUGCAUGCAGUUAGAGGAAAUAAUAAUUUGUUUACAUUUUUCAAAUUAACAUUUUUAUUGUUUCCCCUUUUGAGUUUAAAUAAGCAAAUUUACUACCAGUUAUCUUUCUACAUGGCUGGUGGUUGUUAAGUGGCUACGUAAUUCUAAACUCAACAUUUUGGAUGUAGGCCUGUUUGAUGUUUUUAUGUAGCUUUAUAGCUGACUUACUAGUUAACACAAACCAGAUUUAUAUGAGCCAUGAAGAGAAAGCUGCUGAAUUGUACCCUGUUGUGGGAUGC